AUGGGCGGCCUGCUCACGACGGCGGCGGUGGCGGAGACGAUGACGCUGACGGGCGGCGCGGCGGGGGCGUCGGCGUCGGCGGGCGCGACGGCGUCGCUCGGCGCGGCGGGCACGGCGAUCGGCGAAACGCUCGGGUCGCUCGGGUCGUACACGAUCGCGGUGGGGACGUACACGAUCACGGCGCCCGUGGCGCUGAUCGCGGGGAUCGGCGUGGCGAUCGCGGCGAUGGCGAGCUACGCGGUGACGAGGCGGUUACGGGCGAGCGGCGCGAGCGAGACGCAGAGCUUGCUGCGUGGGACGUCGUACGGCACCACGAGAGACGGCGAUAACAUGGUGUAG